GCUGGGAGGAAGGCGCCCGGCUCAAGAUGGCUUUAGUCGGGCUCUGCGCCCUGCUCGCCUGCUGCUGGGGGCCGGCGGUGGUGCUGGCCACGGCAGCGGGCGACGCGGAUCCCUCCAAGGAGCUGGAGUGCAAGCUCAAAAGCAUCACGGUGUCGGCGCUGCCCUUCCUGCGCGAGAACGACCUGAGCAUCAUGCACAGCCCCUCGGCCUCUGAGCCCAAGCUCCUCUUCUCGGUGCGCAACGACUUCCCGGGAGAAAUGGUCGUGGUGGACGACCUGGAGAACACGGAGCUGCCCUACUUCGUGCUGGAGAUCUCAGGGAACACAGAGGACAUCCCUCUGGUGCGCUGGAGGCAGCAGUGGCUGGAGAAUGGCACUUUGCUUUUUCAUAUCCAUCACCAAGAUGGUGCCCCAACCCUUCCUGGACAAGACCCAACCGAAGAACCCCAGCACGAGUCAGCAGAGGAGGAGCUGAGGAUCCUGCACAUCUCGGUCAUGGGUGGCAUGAUCGCGCUGCUGCUGUCCAUCUUAUGCCUGGUAAUGAUCCUGUACACUCGCCGCCGCUGGUGUAAACGCCGCCGGGUCCCCCAGCCCCAGAAGAGUGCCAGCGCUGAGGCGGCCAAUGAGAUCCAUUACAUCCCCUCUGUGCUGAUCGGCGGGCAUGGGCGGGAGAGUCUGCGCAAUGCCCGUGUGCAGGGCCACAACUCCAGUGGCACCCUGAGCAUCCGGGAGACACCUAUCCUGGAUGGCUAUGAGUAUGACAUCACCGACCUGCGCCACCACCUGCAGAGGGAGUGCAUGAAUGGAGGGGAAGACUUUGCCAGCCAGGUCACCCGCACCCUCGACUCCCUGCAGGGCUGCAAUGAGAAGGCUGGCAUGGACCUCACACCAGGGAGUGACAAUGCCAAGCUGUCGCUGAUGAACAAGUACAAAGAUAACAUCAUCGCCACCAGCCCUGUGGACUCCAACCACCAGCAGGCCACACUGCUCUCGCACACCUCCAGCAGCCAGAGGAAGCGGAUCAACAACAAAGCGCGAGCUGGUUCCGCCUUCCUGAACCCUGAAGGGGAUUCUGGCACAGAGACAGAAAAUGACCCCCAGCUGACCUUCUACACUGACCCCUCACGGAGCCGGAGACGCAGUCGAGUGGGCUCUCCCCGAAGUCCUGUGAAUAAGACCACCCUGAUGUUGAUCAGCAUAAGCAGCUGUGUGAUCGGCCUGGUGUGCUCCUCCCAUGUCAGCUGCCCGCUCGUUGUCAAAAUCACCCUGCAUGUCCCUGAGCACCUAAUCGCUGAUGGGAGCCGAUUCAUCUUGCUGGAAGGGAGCCAGCUGGAUGCUAGUGACUGGCUGAACCCUGCCCAGGUGGUUCUCUUCUCUCAGCAGAACUCCAGUGGGCCGUGGGCCAUGGACCUCUGUGCCCGACGGCUCCUGGACCCCUGUGAACACCAAUGUGACCCCGAAACUGGUAGGCGGGAGCGCCGGGCAGCGGGGGAAUGCCUCUGCUACGAAGGUUACAUGAAGGAUCCAGUACACAAGCACCUUUGCAUUCGGAAUGAAUGGGGGACCAACCAGGGGCCUUGGCCUUACACAAUAUUUCAGCGAGGCUUUGACCUGGUUUUGGGAGAGCAACCUUCUGAUAAAAUAUUCAGAUUCACCUACACCCUGGGCGAGGGCAUGUGGCUGCCCCUCAGCAAGAGCUUUGUGAUCCCACCAGCCGAACUGGCUAUCAACCCGUCAGCAAAGUGUAAGACGGACAUGACGGUGAUGGAAGAUGCAGUGGAGGUCAGAGAGGAACUGAUGACCUCGUCCUCCUUCGACAGCUUGGAGGUGCUCCUUGACUCCUUCGGGCCAGUGCGGGACUGCAGCAAGGACAAUGGGGGCUGCAGUAAGAACUUCCGCUGCAUCUCAGAUCGCAAGCUGGACUCUACUGGUUGUGUGUGCCCUUCCGGACUCAGCCCCAUGAAGGAUAGUUCUGGCUGCUAUGACCGCCACAUUGGGGUGGACUGCUCCGACGGCUUCAAUGGCGGCUGUGAGCAGCUGUGUCUCCAGCAGGUGGUACCCUUCCAGGACGACCCCGCCUUGUACAACAUCCUCAUGUUCUGUGGGUGCAUUGAGGAUUACAAACUGGGUGUGGAUGGACGCUCUUGCCAACUUGUCUCGGAGACCUGCCCAGAGGGAGGCGACUGUGGGGAAAGCAGGGAGCUUCCCAUGAACCAGACACUCUUUGGGGAGAUGUUCUUUGGUUACAACAACCAUUCCAAGGAAGUGGCUUCUGGACAAGUGCUGAAAGGAACAUUCAGGCAAAACAACUUUGCUCGAGGUUUAGACCAGCAGCUGCCAGAUGGUCUUGUGGUGGCCACUGUCCCCCUGGAGAACCAGUGCCUGGAGGAAAUCUCAGAGCCCACCCCUGACCCAGACUUUCUGACUGGGAUGGUGAACUUCAGCGAGGUGUCUGGCUACCCCGUGCUGCAGCACUGGAAGGUCCGGUCUGUGAUGUACCACAUCAAACUCAACCAAGCGACCAUCUCUCAGGCCCUCAGCAAUGCUCUCCACUCCCUCGAUGGGGCGACAUCCCGUGGGGAUUUUGUGGCCUUGUUGGACCAGUUUGGUAACCACUACAUCCAGGAAGCUAUCUAUGGCUUUGAGGAGUCCUGCUCUAUCUGGUACCCAAACAAGCAAGUCCAGCGGCGACUCUGGCUGGAAUAUGAAGACAUUAGCAAAGGCAACUCCCCAUCUGACGAGUCAGAGGAGCGGGAAAGAGACCCCAAGGUGCUAACGUUCCCAGAAUAUAUCACCAGCCUGUCGGAGUCCGGCACCAAGCGCAUGGCAGCUGGAGUCCGUAUGGAGUGCCAGAGCAAGGGACGGUGCCCCUCGUCCUGCCCCUUGUGCCAUGUGACAUCCAGCCCUGACACCCCUGCCGAGCCGGUUCUGCUGGAGGUGACCAGAGCAGCCCCCAUCUAUGAACUGGUGCCCAAUAACCAGACCCAGCGGCUCUUGCAGGAGGCCACCAUGAGCUCUCUGUGGUGCUCCGGGACUGGAGAUGUCAUUGAGGACUGGUGUCGCUGCGACUCCACUGCGUUUGGGGCUGAUGGGCUCCCCACGUGUGCACCUCUGCCACAGCCUGUGCUGCGGCUGUCCACAGUGCACGAGCCCAGCAGCACCCUUGUGGUUCUGGAGUGGGAACACUCAGAGCCUCCCAUCGGGGUACAGAUUGUAGAUUACCUCAUCCGUCAAGAGAAGGUCACCGACAGGAUGGACCACUCCAAAGUGGAGACUGAAACGGUGCUGAGCUUUGUGGAUGACAUCAUCUCCGGAGCAAAGUCUCCUUGUGCCAUGCCCUCUCAGGUGCCAGACAAGCAGCUCACCACCAUCUCCCUCAUCAUUCGAUGCCUGGAACCCGACACCAUCUACAUGUUCACCCUGUGGGGUGUGGACAACACAGGACGACGCUCCAGGCCCAGUGACGUGAUCGUGAAGACCCCCUGCCCUGUGGUGGAUGAUGUCAAAGCCCAAGAAAUAGCAGACAAGAUCUACAAUCUCUUCAAUGGCUACACCAGCGGGAAGGAACAGCAGACGGCCUACAACACCCUCCUGGACCUGGGCUCCCCCACCCUUCACCGAGUCCUUUACCACUACAACCAGCACUACGAGAGUUUUGGAGAGUUCACCUGGAGGUGUGAGGAUGAAUUGGGACCCAGGAAAGCUGGCCUCAUCCUUUCCCAGCUUGGGGACCUCAGCAGCUGGUGCAACGGACUCCUGCAGGAACCCAAGAUAAGCUUGCGGCGUGGCUCCCUCCGGUAUCUGGGCUGCCGCUACAGCGAGAUCAAGCCCUAUGGACUUGACUGGUCAGCGCUGAGCCAGGACCUCAGGAAGACGUGUGAGGAGCAGACCCUUAGCGUCCCCUACAACGAUUAUGGAGACAGCAAAGACAUCUAGCACCACGAAGCCAGAGAGAAGCAGGAGAGAGGAGGACAUCUGGGUAGGUUUGUGGGUUUUUAGUAUUUUUUAAUGGAACAUUAAAACCUCCACAGGUGACAUCUAACCCAGGGAGAAACCGACCCUUGCUGCCUGCAGGAUUUCUUCACUAUGUUCUCCAUCUGCAUGACCAGGACACAACCUGCCAGCCAGCGGCCUCAUGCAGCGCCAUUUCAAGUUUAGGGGAUUUCGUUGGGGCUUGUUUUGCAAUUGAUUUGUUGAUUUUUCCCCCAUGGGGUUCAUCCAGGAAGGGCCAGUACCACCAUCAGUGUUUAGUGAACUGAAGUAAUUACCCAUCACAAAAAACUUCUGCCCCCCACCUCGUCCGUACCACAGUCAUUAUGUUGUUGCUAGUAGCUUUGCAAAUCAUUUCUCUGGACACAUAGGAAAGAGGCAUCUUCUUCCCCCACCUGGUUGCCAGGAGGGCACCUGAGUGUUGGCACGGGCAACAGUGGGGGCCUAGCCUUCCAGAAGGCACUUUGCAGGUGACCAGUGACGGCCGCAGCUGUCCCCACACACUCAGCUACCCUGCCCUUGACCAGGGUCCUCGUUUAGAAACAUGAAAGGUCAUGGAGAAGGUGUAAGGCCAGCCACAGAGCGGUGCUGAUCUCUUCUAAACAGUAAUAACAGACCACAUUCACUGAGUGAGUACUAGGCGCCAGACAUUGCUCUCGGUACUUUACAUGUCACCAAAUUCUCACAACAGGCCCCCUCCCCCCAGUGUUAUUCUGAGCUCCUUUUCAGUGAUGAGGAAACUGAGGCAAAGAGAGGGUACGCACCUUGUCCCAAAUACCGCCUCUGGUCUGCCUGGAUGGCAAUGUGAGUUCAGGCUGGCACGCUCCAGAACAAGGCGCUUACCCCGCCAGCGUUGUGCUCAGUGUUGUCUGGGCAGUAGCUGUGAAAUCCAGGGGUUCUGGCCCAGAGAGCCUCCCCCUUUCCCACUCCUUGAGGUGUAGAUGCGCCCACCAUGGGCAGGCAGGGGAGCCCAAUGCACCCUUAACUCUGUAGCUAGAACACCUUUGGGACCACGGGGUCCCCACCCAUGCUGGGAGUGAAGACUGGGCUACGGCUGCGACCUCAGGUCGCUCUCACCCACCCCCCCCUCCUCAAGAUCCACAGGUUCAUCGCACACAAUGGACUGUACCUGCCUCAGAGACCCCCGGCCCAGAGCAAAGGCCUGCAGGAAACUCGGCCAUCCAACGCAGGGCUCAGCUAAGACGCCUCAGGGGAAAGUUUCUCACCAGGAGGAAGAUGCCUGGGCAGUGGGUCACCAACCAAUGGGGUGGCGAGGGAAGGCCACCUUCGCAGCUGCCACUGCGUUCUGUCCUUUAUUCAAGUUUGAGCAGAAAACCAGGUCCACGCAGCAGCGGGAGGCUCCAAGGCUGUCCCUAGUGGUGGGCAAGGUAAGGGCAGGGAGUGACACCCAGCUUGUUUAUUAAUCUUUGCUCUUCCUGUCUGGGACCCAUCCUUCUCCUCCCUUCCUUCCCCAGGAUUCUCUUCCUCCUUGUGUCCCCCUCGCUGCACCAGGCAUGUGCACACACAUAUACACCCACCCACACUACACUUAUACACAUACAUCCCUCCCCUCCCCCCAAUAGCUGGGUUCCAUCUACUUUCACGUUAAAAGUAAGGACUUGAAUGGAGGGUUUGUGCCCUAGAGAGACACGUCGAUCACACCCUGAUGACAUUCCCAAAAUGUGUCCGGAGGAACUCACCUGCCUAGAGAGGGUGAUGGUACCGGGCCAGUAUUCAGCCUCUAGUUUCCAAGCUGCCAAACAAGUCUUAAGGGAGUUGGUCCUGCCCACCAACACUCACCCAGCCUGGUGUCCCCAUGAAUGGACACCGUGAGAGCUGAAACCUUUCCGAGUGUGCAGUCAUUUCCUACGGAAUUUGGUCUGUUAUUUUUAGUUAACCGCAUUUCUUGAUAUUCAAAUGUUCUAUUAAAAAAAUGUGUGUGAAAACCCCCUACUUUACUACUGUAGAAGGAAGAAAGAAUAUGAUUGACCCACUUCAGGUAUAGCAGUAUUGUUUAAAAGAGAAUUAUUGUACGAUUACUAAAAAUGGAACUAAAUAAUAAAGCUGUUAGUAAGUGUC